AUGUCGCUCGACGCCCCUUCGUCCGCGAUCCACCUCAACAUGCCCCCCAGCAGCAGCUCGGCCAUGCGCGCGCCGACGCUCAUCACUGUCCACCCUUCCGUCGUCGCCUCGAUCCUGACCCACCACUCGAGGAGGCCAGCGGACUCGAGCACCCCUCGCGUCAUUGGUACUCUUCUGGGUACCCGCUCGGAGAACGGUCAGGAGGUCGAUGUGCGCUCGUCGUUUGCCGUCCCCCAUUCGGAGGGUGAGGACCAGGUCGCGCUCGACAUGCCUUUCCAGCAGGGUAUGAUGGAGCUCCUCGCCAAGAACGGUAUCAAGGAGUCGAUUGUCGGUUGGUACGCUACCCACCCCGACCUCAACGCCUACUCGGCCCUCAUCCAGAACUACUUUGCCGGCGAGACUGGUGCCGCCCACGCCAUCCACCUCACCGUCGACACUGAGCUUGACCCCUCGGGCAAGAAGGGUCUCGGCAUCAAGGGCUGGGUCUCGACCCAGCUUGGCCUCAACCACAAGGCCGAGAACUGCGUCUUCCUCCCCGUCCCCGUCGUCAUCAAGUACUCCGACUCGGAGCGUGCUGGCCGUUACAACCCGCAUUGUAACCUCGCGUUUGUUCUCGUUUUACCUUUAUUUCUCCCCCUGGCAUCUGCUAACACCUCUGCAGUCGACCUCCUCACCGCCACUGGCCCCACUCCUUCCCCCGCUCUCCCCCCUCUCCCCGCCCUUUCCGGCUCGCUCAACUCGCUCUCCGAGCUGAUCGAGCAGGCUCUCGCGUACGUUCAGCGCGUCAACGCCGGCGAGAAGGGUGACCCCGAGGUCGGCAGGUACCUCCUCGAGGGUGUUGGCCGCUGGUCCGCCGAGGGCGCCGACGAGGGCGUCAAGGAGGGUCUCCAGGACACCCUCACCGUCAGCUACCUUGCCAACCUGGUGCGCUCCCAGGUUGAGCUCGCUGGCAGGCUCCAGCUCCUCCCCCAGGCGGCUCAGCAGCAGCAGCAGCAGUAG